UUCCACAUAGCAGCUGCCCAAGAUUAACCCUCAGACAGAGAAGCCAAGACCCAGCCUUACUUCCAUGGACUCCAGGGGCAUCCUGAAGGCAUUUCCCAAGCGCAAGAAAAUUCAUGCCAAUCCAUCAUCGAAAGCAUUUGCAAAGAUUUCAAAGCAAGAUGGAGAAGAAGCAGGCGAGUGGCUGAGAUCCCUGCGGGCUCAUGUUGUGCCCACUGGCAUUGGGCGAGCCCGGGCCGAACUCUUUGAGAAGCAGAUUGUCCAGCAUGGUGGCCAGAUAUGCCCUGCCCAGGCCCCAGGGGUCACUCACAUUGUGGUGGAUGAAGACAUGGACUGUGAACGGGCUCUUCGUCUCCUUAAACUAUCCUGGCUGCCCCCAGGUGCCCAACUGGUAAAGUCAGCCUGGCUGAGCUUGUGCCUUCAGGAGAAAAGGCUGGUGGACACAGCAGGAUUCAGCAUAUUCAUCCCCAACAGGUACCUGGACCAACCACAGCUCAGCAAAGCCAACCAAGAUUCUUCUGCUCAUCCUGGUUCCCGUGAGGCUCAGCUCGAGACAGUCCUCUCUCCUCCUUCCACCAGACCUAGAUCUCUUUUCCAGAAGGCAGAAGAGGCACCAAGUACCCAAGCCCAGCCCGGCACUGAUGAUGAAACCAGUGAUGGAGAAGAGACCCAGGUUAGCAAAGCCGAUCUGGAAGCCCUGAUCAGUGGCCGCUACCCCUUUCCCCUGGAGGAAGAUGGUGAGCCCAGUCCAGUCCCUGAGGCCCUGGGUAAAUGGGUCUGUGCACAGCCUUCAAGCCAGAAGGCGGUCAACCACAACCCCCACAUCACAGAGAAGUUGGAAGUGCUGGCCAAAGCCUACAGUGUUCAAGGAGACAAGUGGAGGGCCCUGGGUUAUGCCAGGGCCAUCAGUGCCCUGAAGAGCUUCCAUAAGCCUGUCACCUCUUACCAGGAGGCCUGCAAUAUCCCAGGGAUUGGGAAGCGCAUGGCUGAGAAGGUGGUAGAGAUCCUGGAGAGUGGGCAUCUGCGGAAGCUGGACCAUAUCAGCGAGAACGUGCCUGUCUUAGAGCUCUUCUCCAACAUCUGGGGAGCAGGAACCAAGACCGCCCACAUGUGGUACCAGCAGGGCUUCCGGAGCCUGGAAGACAUCCGCAGCCAGGCUUCCCUGACCACCCAACAGGCCAUCGGCCUGAAGCAUUAUGAUGAUUUCCUGGAACGCAUUCCCAGGGAGGAGGCAACAGAGAUCCAGCAAAUAGUCCAGGAAUCGGCCCUAGCCCUCAACCCCGGGCUGCUGUGUGUGGCAUGUGGUUCCUACCGACGGGGGAAGGCCACCUGUGGUGAUGUGGAUGUGCUAGUCACUCACCCAGAUGGCUGGUCCCACCAGGGCAUCUUCAGUCACCUCCUUGACAGCCUCCGGCAAAGAGGGUUCCUGACAGAUGACUUGGUGAGUCAGGAGAAAAAUGGCCAGCAGCAGAAGUAUUUGGGCGUGUGCCGGCUCCCAGGACCCAGACGGCGGCACCGGCGGCUGGACAUCAUCAUCGUGCCCUAUGAUGAGUUUGCCUGUGCUCUUCUCUACUUCACCGGCUCUGCCCACUUCAACCGCUCCAUGCGGGCACUGGCCAAGACCAAGGGCAUGAGCUUAUCAGAGCAUGCGCUCAGCACAGCCGUGAUCCGGAACACUCAGGGCUUCAAGGUAGGGCCUGGCCGGGUGCUGCCCACCCCAUCGGAGAAGGAUGUCUUCAGGCUCCUGGGCCUCCCCUAUCGAGAACCUGCUGAGCGGGACUGGUGACAGUGGCUGGG